UCAGUUAUCAUUUUGGUUUUGGACUUUUGGUUUGUUUGUUUGUUUACAAAUACAAAAUAAAAAUAGGUCUGAAUAGUCUUUCUGGGAAUUUAUUAAAUUAAUAAAAAAUGAAUCGCGAAUCUCAGGAUUUUCAUAAAUCAUCGACUAGAAGAAAGCGUUCAAGGUCACAUGAUAGUUCUAGAGACAGAUCUAAAUUACGAAAAACCAGUCCAACAUGUACUAAAUCCGAGAGCACUGAAUUCAGUUUCCUCGAUCACAAGGCUAAUUUAAACAAAAUAUUGAUGUACAGUAAUGACACUAAUGUUGUUGUUAAUAGUUUAGAGGAUUUCUGGGUUUUCGUUAAAAAAUACGAGGCCACUUUAAAGAAAGCUGGGAAACCUCUAAUAGAUGAUAUUACCUCUGAUAGUAAAAGUACAGAGUCUUAUUUUUCCAAGCAUGAUUGUAUUAAUUUUACAUGUAAAAUAAAAUUCAUGGACAAUUCAUAUGAAGAAAGGAAUAGAAAGAAGCUAGAUAAAAAAAUGUUUGAUGUGUUCUUGAAGAUUGUUUCAAUCUAUUUGGAUUUUAAAAAUAAGGAGAAAUUUGAAAAACUGAAGAAACUAAGAAAGUCCCAAAGUGAAUUGCCAGUUGCUAAAUACAGAAAUGAAAUAGUGUCUGCAGUACAAAAUGAGAGAGUUGUGAUAGUGGCCGGUGACACAGGAUGCGGGAAGUCCACACAAGUUCCACAAUAUCUACAUGAAGCUGGUUUUCAAAAUAUUGCAUGCACCCAGCCUAGAAGAAUAGCUUGCAUAUCAUUGUCCAAGAGAGUUGCAUAUGAAAUGUUAACACAGUUUGAUAGCAAGGUUGGCUAUCAGAUCAGAUUUGAGAAGAGCAAGACAUCUGAUACCAAGAUUUGCUUUAUCACUGAGGGCUUGUUGUUGAGGCAGAUGUCUUCGGAAAGCUUGCCCAGCUAUGACGUCAUAAUACUCGACGAAAUACACGAAAGACAUUUGAUGGGUGACUUCCUUCUCGGCGUGCUGAAAUGUUUGAUACAUACUCGCAAUGACAUCAAGCUUGUCCUCAUGUCUGCGACAAUCAAUAUUAAACUGUUUGAAGAUUACUUCUCCGCUGAAUCCGCUGUUGUUAUUCAAGUUCCUGGAAGACUUUACCCAAUAGAAUUGAAUUAUAAGCCGAUAUUAGUUGAAGACAAGCCGACAAGAGAUGACAGACUGGACCCACAGCCAUAUAUUCAAAUUAUGCAGUUAAUCGACAGCAAGUAUCCUAGCGACGAAAGAGGAGAUCUACUAAUAUUCAUGUCAGGGGUUCAGGAAAUAACAGCAAUAUGUGACGCAGCGCAACAAUACACGGAGAAGAAUAAGAACUGGAUCGUUCUGCCGCUACACAGUGGACUGUCUCUUACGGAACAAGAUAAGGUGUUCGAUUACCCACCGGAAGGAGUUCGAAAAUGCAUCGUAUCUACAAAUAUUGCCGAGACAUCAGUUACCAUUGAUGGUAUAAGAUUUGUUGUGGAUUCUGGAAAGGUAAAAGAAAUGAGCUACGAUUCGUCGACAAAAAUGCAAAGGCUGAAGGAAUUCUGGAUAUCAAAAGCAAGUGCUGAUCAGAGGAAGGGGAGAGCGGGGAGAACUGGCCCCGGCGUGUGUUACAGAAUAUACUCCGAGCAACAAUACACAGAUUUAGAAACAUUCAGUACACCAGAAGUGUCCCGAGUACCGCUCGCGUCGCUCUUGCUACUGAUGAGUUCGCUCGGCGUCAAUGACGUCAGACGCUUCCCUUUCAUAGACGCGCCGCCGACUGACGCCGUGGAAGACGCUCUGUUGGAACUAAAACAACAUGCAGCCCUAACAUCAAACGAGAAGCUGACAGCGUUAGGCAAGGCAUUGGCGAAUUUGCCCGUCGAGGUGUCGCUAGCUAAAGCGCUCGUGGUAGGCAGUGCUACCUUGCCGCCUCACAAACUGGACUCCGCGUUGGCCUUGACUGCUGCUUUGGGCAUCCGUUCCAUAUAUACUACACGGGCGCAUAGAGAUUUUGAAUGCGAAAAUUCACGUAAACCCGAUGAAUCGGAUCACGGUGAUCCUAUAACACUGCUCUCGUUAUACUGCGCAUGGCUACGAGAGAAGUCGGGCGGCGGAGGCAGGGCAUGGUGCAGACGACGCGGCAUUGAGGAGCAGAGACUUUACGAGCUCACCAAGUUGGCUGCUCAACUUCGGAAUUUACUACAAGAUAACAACAUGAUGGAGGCUCCAGAGCCUGAAACGAUGUCUUCGGCUGAAAGGUCCUUACGGCACGGCCAAAUCAAACAGCUGAAAGAUAUGAGAAGACAAUACAAACAAAAAGCCGCCGACGACUCCAAACGCCGUAAGCGGUUGAAGGUCGACUCUUGGGAAAUAGUCGACGAGAAAGACAACGACGACGAAGUGAUGGACAUCCGAGACAUCGAGUUCCGUAUGACGAACGAUGCUAACAGAAUACGCUCCCUGAUCAACGGCUCCAGUGCUAAUAGUGGACGGGAUCUUAUCAUGCUAAAGGUAGUCCUCUGCAGGGCUCUGUAUCCUCAAGUAGCCGUAGCUGAUGAGUUCAACCAUUGCAAGUCGGUGUCAGAUCAGCUGUACCACACGUGGAGCAAGCCUUUUGUCUUUCUGCACCCUACUUCGUACUUCGGCAAGCAAUCCAAGCUGUUACAGCUGACGGAGGCAGAGAUACAGGACCACCCGCCAGGGUACAAGAGCAAGUUGCCGCUGUCUUCCAAACACCAGCUGCUGUGCUACCUAUCAUUGUUGGAGACGACGAAACCUUACAUAGUAAACUCUAUGCGAAUGCCGGCAGCACAGACUUUGCUACUUCUAGCACAUUCCAUCGACACCAACGUUGGGUUUACUAGGUUGGUUUGCGAUUCAUGGCUGCUUUUGGAGUUCCCGUAUCCUGAAACUGGCUUGAAUUUGUUGAUGAAGGCGAUCAAACUGCGACAGAGGUGGGACGCGUUGAUCAAUCGAAGACUUUCAGAUGCGAAUCCAAAUAAAUCCGUCGACUCCGAACUCCAGAAAACCAAACAACCUCCCUACGACGAGCUCCAAUACGAUUUAUCGUGUGACGUCACAUCGUACAUGAACAGUGACGUAUGCUACACCAUCAAGCGGCUGUUGCCGGGAGACCUUAAGGUCUUGUACGUGGGGUCUGAUGAGCCGCAUCCGAAUGUAGACCCUAAUCCCUUUGAACAGGGUUUCGAAUGCCGUGCACAUGAGAAGAAAGGAGGAGUCUAUGUUACCGAUAAUGUUGUUUAUAACUGUGUCGUAGACACAGAAUGGAGUUACAACUUACACGAGGAGACCUACAGUCUGCCGUGGAAGUGUGAGAACUGCGAACUCACCUCAUGUCUAUCUCCUCUCGAAAGGCUACAGCACUCUCACUUCACCUGCUCCUCUCAACCGGAGAAGAAAGAAGAGAAGAUCGUGAGAAAGGAUAAUAGACCUAACACCAAAGAGUAUAAGUGCGAUAUUUGUGAAGAAACUUUGUAUUUGACUCCUGUGGAAAUAUUAAAACAUAAAAAGGCAUGCAAAAUAAAGUGAUUUAAUUGUU